AUGUUCAACGUUUUCGUCGGGUGCGUCUUCCGUGUCGUCGUCGUGUAUUCUCCCAGUGCUCAGCGUCACUUUCUCAUGUCUUCAGUAUUCCGGAUCGCUGGCAUUCAGUGUGCCCCGCGAUUCGCGUCCAGCAGCCCAGUUCAGCAGUGUCUCACUGCAUUCCAGUUAUCGGCACCCUGUCCGCAGCGUUUGUCGCUGCAAGCGUUCGGUUUAACCCCAUCGCCCUACCGAAUCGCGUGUAAUCUUGUAUCUGUAUUGAUA